GAGCUAGGUUUUGAAUUUCAGAAUUCUAAGAUGUCUCAAAAACCAGGCAGUCACAUUUUAUCUUUCCCUUGAUCAUAACACAAGGAAAAGCAGUAGUUUUGCCUCAUUCUAGUUACACCUUAUUGGUUAAGCAGUGCUGCCAUAUCACAAUACCAGCAUGCUUGCAUAGGGGACAUAUGGCAUACUCUUGGUUAGGACAGGAAGCACUUUGUGGCUGGACCCUCCAACAGUGCUUUUUAACUAUUCAUGGCCCACAUGCUCCUGUGAGAAUUUAGCAGUGCCUUCUUGUGGAGCAGGGAUAUGACAUGGCUUAACAUACUCCAAGAGCUUCUCAGCCAGUUAAGGCUUUCUCAGUUUUCAUCUUCUAAUGAAAUGAUUAAAAACAUUUGCAGAAACAUGAAUUCCCCUUCUCAAUAAAAACUUUAACAAGCUCAUUACUGACUCUAAACACGUCUAGUUCUGGGCCUAAAGCUUUCUACUGUGCUAGGAAGGAACUCAGCCCUGCUCUGGUUUGAACUAGAAUAGGACGUGGCUUCUCAGACUCAGGCCCCCUCCUUUUUUCUCCUACUGCCUUGCACACUUGUAUUCCACACCGUUUUCUUGGUGUGAAAUGGUGUCCCAUCUGUGAAGCUGCCUCCUUCCUCACUGCCCACUCUGUGUCUGUCUUUGAGCAGCAGAGGGUGAUUUACAAUCCUUAAAUCAGAUGAUUUUCACUUACCUAGGACUUCGCAAGUGAACACUACAUUAAACAAGAGGUUGAAAAGAUACGUAACUAAAACAAAGACUGAAAAAGAAAGUUACUGCCAGCUGUUAGUUUUUCAGAGGCCCCUUUUCUGUUACAUGGCAUUCCCAGGCCCCUUUGCUUCUUGUCUCCUACUACCUGUCAUGGAGAACCCCAUUGUCUAACACUGGGAACUAUUCCACAUACCCACAGGCUAUUCCCCAAAAGUUUUUAUACCUGGGUAAAGCAUUAUCAAAGAAAUAACCCCUUAAAAGAGAAGAACCCCUUUUCCUUCCUCAUGAGGGUCCAGCUUCAUCCCUGGAACCACCACAUAUGCUUCUGCCUUAGAGGGUUCCUGUCCAUUAACAUUAACACUAAGACCUAGAUUGUCAGCUGCUGAGAAAGCAUCAGAAACAGUCUAGCUGCUGGUCUGUGGUGAACCGCGGACGCGGGUCUCUGUUCCACAGGAUGGGGUUUGUUAAAGUUGUCAAGAAUAAGGCUUACUUCAAGAGAUACCAGGUGAAAUUUAGAAGAAAACGAGAGGGUAAAACUGAUUACUAUGCCCGGAAACGCUUGGUAAUUCAGGAUAAAAAUAAGUACAACACACCUAAAUACAGAAUAAUAGUUCAUGUAACCAACAGAGAUCUCAUUUGUCAGAUUGUUUAUGCCCAUAUAGAAGGAGACAUGAUAGUUUAUACAGCUUAUGCUCAUGAACUCCCCAAGUGUGGUGUGAAGGUUGGCCUGACAAGUUAUGCUGCAGCAUAUUGUACUGGCCUGCUGCUGGCCUGCAGGCUUCUCCAGGCUUAUUCCAUGGAUAAGAUCUAUAAAGGCCAAGUAGAAGUGACUGGAGAUGAAUACAAUGUGGAAAGCAGAGGUCAACCCGGUGCCUUCACCUGCUGUUUGGAUGCAGGGCUAAGAAAGAAGUUAAAAAGAAGAGGUGGAACCAUCUCCAAAUGUCUGUUGCCCAGCAGAAAGAUGGGGUAGCUCAGAAGAAGGCAAGCUUCCUUAGAAGCUGAGAAGUGGGCUGCUGAGAGCUCAUAAACCAAACCACAAUUUUUUUUUUUAAUAUAUGAAAUUUAUUGUCAAAUUGGUUUCCAUACAACACCCAGUGCUCAUCCCAAAAGGUGCCCUCCUCAAUACCCAUCACCCA